AUGUUUCCACUGAUACAGCUUCCUACAUCGUCGUCAACCCAUUCUACCGCCACUAGAACUUCCACCCAGACAGUUAGCCAUGACCCAGCUAAGAUAGCGGCCGAAACGAGUUCGCCAGUACCAGGAACUAGUUCCCCAGCGCCUGAAGCCGGACCAAGCCGCUUCAAUAUAGGACGGCUAAUCGCCAUAGUUGUCCCGAUAGGUGUUGCUGUGAUCUUGUUACUCGCACUUGUAUGGUUUGCCUCUAGGCGACAAAGAAAAAGAAAUGUUGCGCAGGAGGGAUCGCCUCCCGAAGGUUCCUCUAAACCCCCUUGGUUUAGAGGGAGUGUUUUAGCCUCUCGUGCUAGCUUAUUUAGCAGUGAAAAGCAACUAAGCCAUAACCAACCUUUAUCUGGUAGAGAAGAAGGCUACCAAAGCAAAAAUGAGAUCAAAGAUCUCUAUGAUAACAAUCAGAUUUUGUCGGAGCCCAUGGCUCUAGCUGCAAGUUCCGAAACAAAUGGCAGUGGAUCUCCUCCGGCUGGGCUAGCUCCGCCUAUGUAUAGCAGUUUAGUAAACCCACCGCACGAGAAUCAAGCCGCUGUGCUAUUGGAAUUACCGGGUUCCAUUCCCCAAGGUCCACCAAUCGAAUUAGAGGACACGAGCUGUGAUCGGAUCACGGAUCUUUCAGCUCUUCCUCAUCAGAAGUCGAUAAAUACUCCGCCGUCAUAA